AUCCCUCGAGCUUUGGGACAUUAUAACACAUAGAUACCUCAUGCCCAUGUUCUAACUAUAACCUAAACAGUGACCUACAGCAGUUUAUGAUAUUCCUUUUUUUUGCUUUAUAAAAUUUAAUGCAGAGCAUGGGGUGCAUACCAACUAGCAGCCUAGAACUAAUAUUAAGGUAGCCCUAACACAAAAAGCAAAACAAAACAACGAAAAAGUACAGGACAGAAAGGGGCAGUGACAUGGACAGUGACCUACAAUAAAGUAUGUAACACAACAGGUAAGCAAGCAGGCAAUUAGUAUAAGUACUUAAGUGAAACAGUCCCGCACAUGAUUUAAACUACUUGCGGAGACUGCACUACGUGGUAGGGAAUUCCAGAGUAGAACAGCGUUUACAAAAAAAGAUGACUGAUAGGAUAGUGUUUUUGCAAAGGGGAUGAGUAGUGGUUGAUGUGAUGGUAAUGACGAGUUCGGUUUCGGGUUGAGUGUGAAUCUUGAGGACUGGAGUAUUGAUUCACCUCAGAUAAUUCUGCGGCACAAAGUACCUUUUUGCCGAGACCGUCUUGAGCUCAGAGGCCAUGAUAACCUAGCUAGCAGAGGAAGGUACCUAUUGAUCUGACCAGCGUUUGGAACAGAGUCUUGCUCCAAACUUCUGAACCGAUUCCAGCUGAUUUAUAGCACUAGAAGAUGAGGGAUCCCACACACUGCUGCAGUAGUCCAAGAGUGGGAGCGCCAGCGAUUUGUACAAAGAGGAAAGUGUGGACUGAUUCGCUUGGUUGAAGUGCCUGCAUAGAAUGCCAAGUUUAGAUUUUGCCUUAGCACAGGUGUUGGAAAUGUGCCGAUUCCAUUUUAAGUAUUUUGUGAUGGUGACUCCAAGGUAGGACAAGGAGUCCACUUGUGUGAUUGGACCUGAGUUCGUAGAGAGUGUGAUGGAUGGGGGCUGUCUCUUACAAGAGAGGAGAGUAGCAGUGUUGACCCAGUUUGUGAUGGCAUCGAUGUCUCCUUGAAGAUCCAAAACAUCAUAUUCAUUUCGAAUGGGGCUGUACAGGGGUGUGUCGUCAGCAUACAACAACAGCUGAGAGACAGGAAUUGACACGAGAGAGCUCACUAAGAAAAUCCGUGAACAUGGUACCAUGUUAGGCAAGGUGGUGGUAGAAGGAGACUGUGCUGCCGACAUGCCUUUCAAGGAUCCUAACCUUCAGAACCUUGUAGCUGUGGUCUCUUGCAAGGAACCCAAAGUCUAUAAUCCUUCAGGGAGUGUACGGAUCUUAGCUGUUGAUUGUGGGAUUAAGAACAACCAGAUUAGAUGUCUGGUCAACAGGGGAGCAUCUGUGAGAGUGGUGCCUUGGGAUUAUGACUUUAACCAAGACAAAGAAUUUGAUGGUUUGUUCCUGAGCAAUGGGCCUGGUGAUCCCAACCUCUGCUCCAAAACUGUGACUCACUUACGGACAUUCCUAGACUCGAAAAAUGAUAAUCGCCCUGUGUUUGGAAUCUGUCUUGGUCAUCAGCUAAUUUCUCUUUCGAUUAAAGCGAAGACCUUCAAAAUGAAGUAUGGUAACCGCGGUCACAAUCAGCCCUGUAUACAUGACGAGAGUCAACGUUGUUUCAUUACCACCCAAAACCAUGGUUUUGCUGUUGAUCCGACCACCCUUCCCUCUGAUUGGUCUGUUUUGUUUACGAAUAAAAACGAUCAGACAAAUGAAGGCAUUAUCCAUAAUACCCGACCCAUUUUCUCAGUGCAGUUCCACCCCGAGCACAUGGGUGGUCCUAAAGACCUUGAAGUCUUGUUUAGUGUAUUCAUUGACACCUGCUCCGAGUACAAGUCUGGUGUAGAGCUGCUGGGUGUACUGCGCUCCAAGCUCACAUCGUCAAUUGUGAAUGUUGCCACUAGGUCAAAAGGUCUCAGUGUUAGUGUUGAUCAUGAGCCACACACAGUUGCAGGAAAAUGCAAAGAUAAGCGAAAAGUCCUUAUUCUUGGAUCUGGAGGGCUUUCAAUAGGACAAGCGGGAGAAUUUGAUUAUUCUGGUUCUCAGGCCAUCAAGGCUCUCAAGGAGGAAGGCUUGCAAACUGUGCUCAUCAACCCAAACAUUGCCACUGUGCAAACAUCCAAAGGAAUGGCUGAUAAAACUUACUUCUUGCCCAUCACCCCUGAGUAUGUAACCCAGGUUAUUGCAAAUGAGCGCCCGGAUGGUAUCCUCUUGUCGUUUGGUGGCCAGACUGCUCUCAAUUGUGGCGUUGACUUGACCGAGAGAGGCACCCUGGACAAGUACAAUGUGGAGGUUUUGGGAACGCCAGUAACCUCCAUUGUGAUGACUGAAGACAGGCAAAAGUUUGCAUCAGAGUUGGCCACCAUAUCAGAGCCAGUUGCUCCCAGUCUUGCUGCUUACUCUGUCACAGAGGCACUCGAGGCUGCCGAGUCUAUUGGCUACCCAGUUCUUGUGCGGUCAGCAUUCACCCUUGGUGGGUUGGGGUCAGGGUUUGCCGCUAACCCUGAAGAGAUGGAAGCUCUUGCAUUCACUGCCUUCUCUCACUCUAAACAGGUGCUAGUUGAUAAAAGCGUCAAGGGCUGGAAGGAGAUUGAGUAUGAGGUGGUCAGGGAUAGCUAUGAUAACUGUAUUACUGUUUGCAACAUGGAGAAUGUGGACCCACUGGGCAUUCACACAGGGGAGUCCAUAGUGGUGGCCCCAUCACAGACACUCACUAACAAAGAGUACAACCUCCUUCGUUCCGUCGCUAUCAAGACGGUGCGCCAUCUUGGAGUCGUGGGGGAGUGCAACAUCCAGUAUGCUCUGAACCCUGACUCAAAUGAGUACUACAUCAUUGAGGUGAAUGCUCGGUUGUCUCGAAGCUCUGCUCUAGCGUCGAAGGCAACUGGGUACCCUUUGGCUUAUGUCGCUGCCAAACUAGCUCUAGGUAUCUCCCUACCUGACCUCAAAAACUCCGUCACCCAGGCAACCACUGCUUGCUUUGAACCUAGUCUGGACUAUGUCGUAGUAAAAAUACCAAGAUGGGACUUGUCGAAGUUUGCAAGGGUGAGCACCAAGAUAGGUAGCUCAAUGAAGAGUGUAGGUGAGGUGAUGGCUGUUGGUAGAAAGUUUGAGGAGGCCCUACAGAAGGCACUCAGAAUGGUGGACGAGUCUGCAAAUGGGUUUGACCCUUUCCUCAUGAAACCUACAGAAGAGGACUUGACCAACCCAACUGACAAGCGGAUCUUUGCUGUGGCUGCCGCUCUCUAUCAAUCUGAUUCGUACUCGAUCGAGAAGUUGGCCUCCCUCACAAGAAUUGACCCUUGGUUUCUUUCGAAGAUGAAGAAUAUCAUUGCCAUGGUUAAAACACUGGAGGCAACUGACUACAAGGCUUGUUCAAAGGACUUGCUGCUGAAAGCUAAAAAGCUUGGUUUCUCUGAUCGCCAGAUUGCUCGCCUUGUGGAUUCCACAGAACUUGCCAUACGUGAUCUUCGAAAGCAACUUGACCUUCAUCCGUAUGUGAAGCAGAUUGAUACGGUUGCUGCAGAGUAUCCUGCAUUCACCAACUAUCUUUACCUAACGUACAAUGCUGGGUCACAUGACCUGGAAUUCCCGGGAGGGGCCGUAAUGGUACUUGGCUCUGGGGUGUACAGGAUUGGAAGUUCUGUUGAGUUUGACUGGUGUGCCGUUGGGUGUAUUCGUGAGCUACGGAAGCUGGGCAAAUCCACCAUCAUGAUCAACUACAAUCCAGAGACUGUGUCAACAGAUUACGAUGAAUGUGAGAGGCUGUAUUUUGAUGAGAUCUCAUUUGAGACGGUGAUGGAGAUAUACCACUUGGAGCAGCCUGAAGGUAUCAUUCUCUCUAUGGGCGGACAGUUACCCAACAACAUUGCCAUGCCACUACACAGACAAAAGGUGCGUAUUUUGGGCACAUUACCGGAAAUGAUAGACAGUGCUGAGAACAGGUUCAAAUUCUCCCGUCUCCUAGACAACAUUGGAGUGCACCAGCCACGGUGGAAGGAGCUCACUGACCUGGAGCAAGCCAAAGAGUUUUGUGCUAAAGUGGGAUAUCCCUGUCUGGUUAGACCGUCCUACGUACUCUCAGGUGCUGCUAUGAAUGUGGCGUACUGUGAUACUGACCUAGAAAGUUACCUAGGAGAUGCUGUGGCUGUGUCAUGUGACCACCCCGUUGUCAUAUCCAAGUUCAUUCAGGAUGCCAAGGAGAUAGAUGUUGACCUUGUGGCUAAUGAUGGAGAGAUCAUUGCAAUGGCCAUCAGCGAACAUGUUGAGAACGCAGGAGUCCAUUCCGGAGAUGCCACAUUGGUGCUGCCAGCGCAGGACCUUAACGACGAGACCAAACAGAACAUACAUAAUAUUUCGAAGGCAAUCGGGAGAGCUCUUUCUGUCACAGGGCCCUUCAACAUGCAGCUUAUAGCCAAAAACAACCAACUCAAAGUCAUAGAGUGCAACCUCAGAGUUUCGAGGUCUUUCCCAUUUGUCUCAAAAACCUUGGAUGUCGACUUUGUAGCCAUGGCAACACGGGCGAUUGUCGGACUACCUGUACAGCCUGUUGAUGUAGACAAACUGGUCAUUGGCCGGGUCGGAGUCAAGGUACCCCAGUUCUCGUUCUCUCGCCUGACAGGAGCAGACGUGAAGCUUGGGGUAGAGAUGGCAAGUACUGGUGAGGUAGCAUGUUUCGGUGAGGACAAGUACGAAGCCUACCUCAAGGCCAUGCUGAGCACUGGGUUCAAGCUGCCCGAGAAAAACAUUCUGCUCUCCAUUGGAAGCUUCAAGGCUAAAAAUGAGUUCUUGGAAUCUGUACGAAUCUUGCAGCAUUUGAAUUUCAACCUUUAUGCAAGUCUGGGUACUGCAGACUUUUACAGCGAACAUGGAAUCAAGGUGCAACCAGUUGAGUGGCCUUUUGCUGAAUCAGUAAACGGCAAUGGGAAAAAUGGGAAUGCCAAGAGCAGUCCUGCCUCAUAUGAAAACAUAGCCAACUAUCUUUCUCAGAAGAAGAUCUGUCUCAUGAUUAACCUUCCUUUGCGCCAGCAUCGCUACACACCAGCAAUCACCAAAGGUUACAUUACACGAAGAAUGGCUGUCGAGUACUCUGUACCCCUGGUUACUGACAUCAAGUGUGCCAAGCUGCUUGUCAAGGCUCUAAACAAACUGGGCAAGGAGCCUCCAAAGCUGAGGACUUACGUGGACUGCAUUUCUUCUCACCGCACCCUCCGUCUCCCAGGUCUUAUAGAUGUUCAUGUCCAUGUGAGAGAGCCUGGACAGACACACAAGGAAGAUUUCCAGUCAUGCACUGCUGCUGCUCUAGCAGGGGGCGUUACUCUCAUUGGGGCCAUGCCUAACACCAGACCACCCGUCGUGGACAAGCAGAGUCUAUCUUUGACUCAAAAGUGUGCUCGUGAUGGUGCCUUGUGUGACUACGGCCUGUUCCUGGGAGCCAGCAGUAGCAACUUUGAUUCCCUGCACCUGCUUAGCUCUCAAGCAUUUGCUCUUAAGAUGUACCUUAACACCACUUUCUCCACAUUGAUGCUAGAGUCCAUGGAAACAUGGAUGAAGCACUUUGAACAUUGGCCUAAGGAGCGACUGAUCUGUGUGCAUGCCGAGGGCAAGACAACUGCAGCCAUCCUGCUACUAGCUGAUCUGUACAAAAGACCUGUCCAUGUCUGCCACGUCGCCAGGCGGGAGGAGAUUGCAGUGAUUCGUGCUGCCAAGGAAAAGGGUCUCUCUGUGACAUGUGAAGUGGCCCCUCACCAUCUCUUCCUCAGUGACCAAGACAUCGCUGAUAUUGGCAAAGGCAAGGCUGAAGUGAGGCCUGUCCUCUGCUCCAAGGAUGACCAGAAUGCUCUUUGGGAGAACAUGGACAUUAUAGACUGUUUUGCUACAGAUCAUGCUCCACACACUGUUGAGGAGAAGAGUUCUGGAUCCCCUCCACCUGGGUUUCCUGGUCUGGAGACCAUGCUACCAUUACUCCUCACUGCCGUGCAUCAGGGACGACUCACCAUAGAGGACAUAGUUUUGCGAUUACACACCAACCCUAUGAAAAUAUUUAAUCUGAGAGAACAGCCGGACACAUAUGUGGAUAUUGACUUUGAUGAGCAGUGGACUAUUCCCAAUGCCCUCCCACAGUCCAAGUCACGUUGGACCCCCUUUGCUGGAAUGGAUGUGAUUGGUCGUGUCCAGCGAGUGGUUCUGAGGGGAGCAAUCGCCUUCAUUGAUGGAAAGGUGCUUGUCAGUCCAGGUUUUGGUCAGGACGUACGUCUUCAGCCUCCCCUCUCACCUCCAUCUCCACGUAUCAAGCAUGCCAGUUACGAGUUACAGCUACCUUCACCGGCUUACCAGCACACUAAGACCAGGCAUAAAUCUGAACCUAUGACUGAUGUCCGUGCAAGAUCACCAUUUAGUCCUCCUGCAACUCCUACUUCCAAAGCAGUGCCAGGUCGCUCUACCGUGUUUCCAUUUACUGGGCACGCUCUGUUGUCAUCACCAAACACUGCACAAGGCAGUCUGUACAAGCAACACAUAAUUUCAGUGACACAGUUUUCCAAAGAACAGCUCCACAAACUCUUCAAUGUGGCUCACCAAAUGAAAUUCAUGGUCAAAAAAUCUGGAUCCUGUGAUCUCCUAAAGGGUCGAGUGAUGGCCACCAUGUUCUAUGAGGUGAGUACUCGGACAUCCUCCUCGUUCCAGGCAGCCAUGCAGCGACUGGGUGGGAGUGUAAUCUCCAUGAGCUCAAGCAACUCCUCUGUCAUGAAAGGAGAAUCUCUGGAAGACUCCAUCCUCACCAUGCAAGCCUACUCUGACGUGGUUGUCCUUCGACAUCCAGAGCCAGGAGCAGCCAAGCGUGCUAGUGCAGUAGCCACUAAGCCAGUGAUCAACGCUGGAGAUGGUACCCGAGAACACCCGAGUCAGGCACUGCUCGACGUUUUCACCAUACGAGAGGAGAUUGGUACUGUCAAUGGCAUUACUGUGACCAUGGUUGGAGAUCUGAAGCACGGUCGAACGGUCCACUCACUUGCUCGUCUCCUAACCCUUUACCGAGUAAAGUUGUGCUAUGUGUCCCCCCCUUCUCUCAAGAUGCCUGAAGAUGUGACCAAGUUUGUGGAUAAAAAAGGGAUUCGCCAGGAACAUUUCCCCAGUCUGGAGGCUGCCCUUCCCCAUACCGAUGUGCUCUACAUGACCAGGAUUCAGAGAGAGAGGUUCCCCUCAAUGGAGGAAUAUGACAAGGUGCGUGGUUGCUAUGUGCUCACUCCCAAAGUCCUUACCAAGGCUAAAGAAAAAAUGAUAGUCAUGCAUCCCCUGCCCCGAGUGGAUGAAAUCAGUGCUGAGGUGGACUCUGAUCCUCGAGCUGCUUACUUCAGGCAGGUAGAAUUUGGUAUGUAUGUAAGGAUGGCACUGUUAGCUUCCGUUCUUGGCUACAAAUGAGACUGAACUGAUUUUCUGACUAUAAUAACCCCUCUAAAUAAUGUUGUUGAUUAUAAUUAUAGGCUGAUUUUACAGUGACUAUACCGAUAUAAAUUUGUUAUAAUUAUUAUUGAAAAUAAA